UUGAAUGAGUACGGUUAAGUUGUUCAAGAAUACGCGCGUGUUUGUGAAACAAUUAAAUUAAGAGGGGAAGUGUUCAUUUGAUUCAUAUUGAGGAAAAGCUAAUACGAAUGCAAAAGCACAAAAAAAAAAAAAACAAAUUGGUUGAAUACAAAAUUAAAGAUUUGUGCGAAAAAUAAAACAUUUCUUGCAUUGUAAAUUAUUGGGUGUGUAUUUAAGUAUUUACCAUACAUCUUAUUUGAGCAAACAUUUUUAAUUAAGUUACACAAAGGUAAUUGAACUGUCUCACGUCGAUUUGACGCAGUCACAGUAGUUGUUCAUUGAACACCCCGCGCGUUUCUUCAUGAUACAUUUAGGCGUUUACAAACGUACGCACUAGUAUGUACGCAUAAAAGAGCAUAUGCACUUAUGCACAAUUACCGGCAACCGCAACAAAGUCGAUGUCGGCAGUUGCAUUUGGGUAAUGCACACCAACACACACCUCCAUUAGUUUUCGACGUAUCAGUAUCUGGUAAUACGAUUGUUGAGUCGCGUAUCUUGGCCAUGUCGGUUUGUCUGAUUGUUGGUGGCAUGACUCUACUCAUACACAAACUUUAGUGCCAUCAAUCGAGCCGCACGCCGCCUUUUAUCACACAUUUGUCGUAGAGCCGCAGCCGUCGCCAUUCACCUCGCUAUCAUUGGAAACGCUGUCAUUUGUCAUUCCGUGCGUCGAUAUCAAAGAUAAAUAAUAAAAGCAAGAACCAUAAAAAGAUUACGAAAAUACAUACAUAGGUAUGUAUGUGCAUAUGUGUUUAUAAUUGCUGAAUCAACCACAACUCUUUAUUAAUUACACAACUAUCGAAUGCAUUUAAUGCCGAACUCGGUUUCACUCAUCGGCCUGCAUUGAGUAAAUUACAAUUAAGUUGAGGCAAUAACAAGUGCAUAAGUCCUCGUUCGUAUGUACGUAGUGCAUACACAUGGACACAAAAACAAAAAAGAUGCCUUGUUAAAAAGUGCAACGCCGAAAAAACCGAAACUAACAACUAAAUCAACAACUUCGAAUACAGGCAUUAAAUAAACUUACGGCCGCCAUCGAAUCGGUCUGCCCGGUCUCGCCGUAGACUCAACCGAAAAGUGCAAAACAUAGGUGUAUGUAUGUAUGUGCAUACCUACAUGAGACUUAAGGAAUAACAAAUAUUAGUCGGUAAACAAUAAAUAUUUGCUUAUGUGCAAAGUGAAGUGAACAUUUUGAAUUGAAGAGUGUGUGGUGGGCAUUUUUUAUCCAUUACUCAGCCGUGGCCCCUCAUGCGUAUGCAUGUAUGUAUGUGCAUUUGUUUGCCUACAUUCCAUUCGUAGUAGCGCGGUGGCGAAGUGUAAAAUUUCUGUGAAAAACUAUUAAAACCACCGUCUAUACAUCGUACGCGAUUUCCGCAGUAUAUUUGAGCAGCCAAUGUUGCCAUUACCAUCUCGCAAUCAUCAAUAAGCAGUAGCGAAGAUAAGAGCUGAAAGGCUUUUUCUGCAUUUAAUAAGAAUUACCUAAAAACGAAAUGGAUUAUUGCUGCAUUGUAAAUUGGUUAUUCGCUGCUGUUGUUUGUGUGCUCCAACUGAUAGCGUCUUCCGAGGCAGAUUCAUCGCGUUUCAUUACCACGCCACAAAGUCAAACAGUCGUUGAAGGCGAUCCCGUUGUGUUUAAUUGUCUCGCGACAUCCGUCGAUGAACUCCACUACACUUGGCUGCACAACAAUGUACCCGUAGAAAAUUCGACACGUGUGCGACAAUUUAAAUCGAAUCUUCAUAUUGAGACAGCGCAACGUGACACUGACAUUGGUGAUUACGUUUGUAUAGCGACGAGUGCGACAAGUGGAGCACGUCAAGCAUCACCUCCGGCAAGGCUCAAUAUCAUUUGGAUACAAACUGCUACCGUUCAAUUGUUGAGCGGCAAUCGCAAUGAAGUCACUCUCAAGUGCCACGUCGAGGGCUCUUCUGGCGACGGAAUGCUCGAAAUCGAAUGGUUCCGCAACAGCGAAAAAUUGAGUACUCUCAAAAACAUCGAACUACAGCAAAAUCGUCUCAUUAUACGUAAACCGAAUGCUGCCGAUAGCGGCUUUUAUCGUUGCAUUGCCUCCAAUGCGGCAGGACGGGCGAUGAGCAAAAAAGGUUAUGUACUGCAAUGGUCGAACAUUGAUGGUGGAUUGCCUGAGCGUGCCAUUAUCGGUGGUGGCAGAAAUGGCAAUACCGCCUUCACCUCUUCCAAAUGCAUAGAGCGUCUCAAGAAGAUUCAAAAAUUGCCCAUGGAAAUAAUGAAUGAAAUGCUCCUUUGCCGCGGCAAGCGUGGUGGUCAAAUGGGUGAAGAUAAAUUGCCGCCCAUCACAGAUGUUAUCAUCAGGGAGGGACCGGCUAGUAAGCACGUCAAAGAGAAUGAGCCCAUCGAAUUAGUCUGCUCCCACUCGGUGCCGCAAAAAUAUCGCCAAGUGCAACUACGUUGGCGGAAAGACGGUAAAGGUUUUCGUAUGAUGGAGCUCGGUGCAGCUACCACAGCCUCUACUUCUACACCUACCGAUACGGCCAAGGAAUUGACGAUGCGCGAGGAUUCGCGCAUAGUUCUCAGUCGAACUAAUGGUUCCCUACUGUUCAACAAUGUGUUUGCAAGCGAUGCCGGACAAUAUGUUUGUCAAAUCUACGUGGAAGGUCAUCGGCCGAUUACUUCGGAGCCUGGUGAGCUACAAGUCAUCGAACAGUUAAAGUUCGUGCCACAGCCGACGUCAAAGAACUUGGAGCUGGGCAGUGUGGGAAAGGUGCAUUGUAAGGCGCAGGGAACACCACCACCACAAGUAAAAUGGAUACGGGAAUCUGAUGGUCAAUUGUCCGAGACAGUCGAUGACAUCAACGGUACGUUAAUAUUCAAGAACGUUAGCGCCGAGCAUCGUGGCAAUUACACCUGUGUUGCGAGCAAUUCGCAAGGGCAAAUCAAUGCCACCGUCACUGUGAAUGUAGUAGUGGCGCCGCGCUUCUCUGUUGCGCCCGAAGGUCCCAUCGAAACGGGUGAAAUGGGGGUGGCGGUCAUGCAUUGUCAAGCUAUUGGUGAUCCCAAACCCACAAUACAGUGGGACAAGGACUUGAAAUAUUUAAGUGAGAAUAAUACUGACAAGAAUCGUUUUCGUUUUCUGGAGAAUGGCACGCUCGAAAUACGUGAUGUACAUACGGACGAUGAGGGUCGUUACGGAUGUACGAUUGGUAACAGUGCCGGACUGAAGCGCGAGGAGGUACGCUUUGUUGUUAAAUCCUCUGACGGUGCUGCUUCUGAAGAAACAGGUGAUGGCUUUCUUAUCACACGCGCUGUUCUUAUUACAAUGUCUGUAGCCCUGGCUUAUAUAGUUCUAGUUGUUGGCUUAAUGAUUUGGUGCCGCUUCCGCCGCCAAGCACGUAAGGCACGCUUAAACGAAGCUAAUAAAGAUAACCCUGAAUCUGGUGAACUAGGCAAAUCGCCCGAAAAUGAGCCUUGCCUGCCAGAGCACGUGUCCUCUGGAAAGACUCGUAAAGUAAAUGGCAAUAAUAACCCUCGUGGCAGCGGCAACGAGGCAGCAAAAUCCGACGACACGGCUUGUAGUAACCACUCGAAGGGCUCAAAACGUUCACACGCCUUGGAUCAGUUGGCCUUGCCACGUUCAGGUAUCAGUGAGCUUAUACAAAUAGGACGGGGCGAGUUUGGUGAUAUAUUUGUAGGCAAAGUAAAGGCGUCGGUUAUUCGCCAAGUGGACGAAAAAGAUAUUGAAACAGACAGACAUAAUAACGGUGAAAAUAAUGGUGCAAUCACUUCAAUCGAAAAGCGACGUUCGAAAACAUCAAUGGAUGACAUUGAAGAGAUACGAGAAGAACAAGAAACCGGCAGUGCCGAUGGUGAUACUACAUCUACAACAACAGAUGAAUACAAAUUAGUGUUGGUUAAGGCAUUGAAUAAAUUUAAGGAUGAAAAUAUUUGUCAGGAAUUCAAAAGACAAAUCGAUAUGUUUCGCGCUAUUUCACAUAAGGGCGUGGUCCGAUUGUUUGGCAUCUGCCGCGAGAAAGAUCCACAUUAUUUGGUUCUGGAAUACACAGACUGGGGUGACCUGAAACAAUUCCUUCUGGCCACUGCCGGCAAAGUAAAUACCUCGAAUAAUUCUGCACCAUCGCCUCCACCACUCCAGACGGGGCAAAUUUUGGCGGUAGCAUACCAAAUUGCGCGUGGCAUGGAUGCCAUUUACAGAUCGCGAUUUAUACACAAGGACUUAGCUACCCGCAACUGUGUCAUCUCCAGUGAUUUUAUUGUGAAAGUCUCAUACCCCGCUUUAUCCAAAGACAAAUACAGUCGAGAAUACUACAAGCACCGCAACACUCUAUUGCCUGUUCGCUGGCUGGCGCCUGAAUGUAUUCAAGAGGAUGAUUACACAACAAAGAGUGAUAUUUUUGCAUUUGGUGUUGUUGUUUGGGAGCUAUUCAGCCAGGCCACGAAAUUACCUUUCGAAGAGCUGAGUAACGAAGAGGUUAUACAACGCAGUCAGUCUUGCAAAUUGGAGUGGGCAUGUGCGAAUGGCACACCAGAUAGUUUGAAAGAGAUUUUGCUCACCUGUUGGAACUUAAAUCCGAAAGAGCGACCAUCGUUUAGUCAACUCUGCUCAGCACUCAGUAAAGCAAUGCAAAAUGGUGAUAAAUAAAUAUACUUUUCUUAUUUAUAAUUUAUUCAACAUAUUUACCUUAAAAUAUUUAUGUAAUUUUAUUUUACUUAUAAGUUGAGAAGCUGAGAAUCUAUAUAUAAUUUUUGGGGGCUUUAGUGGUAAGCCAAAUAAUUUUUUUUAUUUUUAUUAUUAAUAAGUUUUGACAAUUUAUAUGUUUCUUAUUUAAUUUUAAUCAGUUUUUUAUGCGAAAUAAUUGUUGAAAAUUAACGUGAUUUUUGCGCCACUUCAAACUCGCGCUUUAUUAUGUUACAUUUCAAUGGGCUAUAACACUGCAAACCCGACAUUUUUCUAAAAAUUAUGAUUAAAUAAUAUGAUAUUUUUAUGAAAAAUUGUUGAAUUUUUAUUUUUAAUUUGCAAUUUGAAACUUAGAUUUAUUAGAUGCUCGAAGGUGAAUGAACAGUAUUUAAAAAAAAAAUAUUAUAUUAUUAAAAUUUAUUAUGAAGCAAGCAAAUUGUCAAAAAGUCCCUGCGCUAUAGUUUUUAAACGUACUGUAGUUCCAAAGGCAUCCGAUAUUCUACAAUUAUAAAUACGUAUUUUGCAUAAACAUGCAGGGCUUGGCUGAGGAGUGGUGGAUAAUGUGUUCAACACAUUUUAGAAAAAAGUCUAAAGUUUCGUAGAAAUGUUACGCAAAAUAGCUGCGUAAUUCGUUGGCCAGAAAAAUUGCCAUUUUGUAAAACAAUUAAAAAAGUACAGAAAAUGCAUUUACUAUAUUAAAUUAAUAUGUGAAUUUACUUGCUUACAUGCGUACAUAUGUAUGUAUGGUUAAAUUGGAAAACAUACAAUACAUACAUUCGACACCGGUAAAUUUGUGCUGAAUUCUACUUAUUGCAUAAUUGGCGAGCGCCAUUUUUACGUAAUAUUGUUGUACUUGUAUAUAAUUUUGAAAAGUUGCGCUAUGUGUGUUUUAAAACAAACGUACAUAUGUAAAUAGAUAUGUACUUGUGUGCAUCACAUUGAAAACUAGGAUUAGGUGCAAAUGUAACUUCCAGAAAAGUUUUCCUUUGAUUAAGACACAUACAUACAGACCCACAAACGCACAUACGUAUUUAUUUUGUAUUUUUGAUGGCAUCUUCUUUCAAAUGUAUUAAAUGUACGGUAAAUAGGCGCAUACUUAUGCACAUUCAUGAAUACAUAUGUAUGUAUGUAUGUAUGUCGCUAGAUGGACAUGAUAGUUCAAAAAUUAUCAACGAAUGUUUUUAGGUUCUUAAUCAAAUACAGUUUACACAGAACUUAGGGGCUUUAUAUACUUAUACAUACAUACUAAGUUACUAGCCAUUUAUAAGCAUACAUAUACAUACAUAUAUAUAAGUAAUAUAAUUUCCACUGUAUAUAUAACAAAUAUACAUGCAUACAUCCAUAUAUUAAUAAUAUAAAUAAUCUAAUUUUUUAAAUAACACUAAGCACACACGUAUGGGUAUAGUAUACGCAUUUGUAUGCUUAUAUAUAAGUAUAACGGAAGAAUUUUACAAAGGAGCUGACACUAAAAUUCAUCUCAUCAAAAGCACUAGUCAAGUAGUCAAGUGUGGAAAACAUCAAAAAAUCGAUACAUAAAAAAUACAUACUUAUACGAGUAUGUAUGUAUAUCUGCGUACUUUUGACAUAACAACUAAAAUUGCUUUACUCAUAGCUUUCACUGCUAUUUUUUACAUUACUAUUAACAUUUUACUGAGAUCAAGGGUCUUUCAAAAGACGCGCCUAGAUGUUGUUCAAAAAUAAAACAUGUAAAAAUUUUGAUUCUUUCAGAUUUCACUGUUUUUAUUCAAAAAAACAGCUCUUAAUAAUUAUGUGUGACAAAUUACAUCAUUUAUAUGUCCACCAUGGGAACGUCAGCAGGCGAGAAUCAAAAUUUUCAAGGACUCGCACAUUAUCGAAUUUAGUUCAACAACCUCAAUCCGAAUGUUGGGCUUCAUCUCUGGAAUCGUUGUUGCCUUAUUCACAUAGACUCAACUUUUCAAAAAAGCCCACAAAAAUUAGUCCAGAUCUUGUGAUCAGGAUAUAGGUGGCCAGUUUAUGUCCCCAUUACGUGAAAUUAAUCGACCGGGAAACUUGGGUCGCAAAAAUGCAAUGAUUUCCCGUGUUGUGUGGCUUCUAAAGGCUCCAUCCUGCUAAAAAUAAAGAUCGCCUUAUGUCAAUUCCUUUAAGCUCAGGGCACAAAACAUCUUCAAUCAGUUGUUGGCUUCAAUUGUCAAAUGUGAAAGAUGACAUAAAAAAAGGUACCGUCUAAGAAUUAUUCACUACUCUACGCGUAACUUUUGAAAGACCUUUUAAAACCUUUUGAGCCUUAUUCAUGAAUGUGUUAAUAUUUUUCGAAUGAUAUAUUAUAUAAAACUGCAUGUCCAUAUGGUUUAAAAUUAUGAUAUCUUAAAAUUAUUUGAAAUCUUUUUCUUAUUCGUCAUAAAUUAGGUUGGUAAACUAAAUCUGUCAAUAACAUAAGAUUUAAACAUUUCGCUAAAACACAGGCAGAAAGUACACAGAUGUAUGUAUGUAUAAGUAUAUACAUAUGUAUGUACUUGCAUGCAUAUUAUCGAAAUCUAAAAUACUUAUUAACAAGAAAUUUAUGAGAAGUCUCCACACAGAAAUAUUUUCAGAUUCACUGAAACCGGUUACUAGUUACAUAACAUUAGAGCAUUUUUUACAAACCUCAGUCUCCGGAAAUCACUGAAUAAAAAAAAAAUUUUGAGUGUCUUUCUCGUUCAUACAAAAUAGGUUUGAGGACAUCUGAAAGCUCUGAGGUGGAUUUUAGUUUUCAGCAAACUUCGAAAGUACCAUAAAGUAAAUGCGGUUGCAUGCAAUUGUGCCGAAUAUUGUUUUGAGAAGUCGCGAAGCAUUUCGUAAACGCAAUAAAUAAUCUGUUUUUAACAUGAACGGUUAAAUAAAUAUGUCUAAAUAAAAUUUUAAGCUUAAAUUUUUUUUACCUAUAAACAACAUAGAUGGCUUAUGUUGUAGUUUUGACUACGAAGGUAAAUAAUAUAUUUUUACCACUUGUCCACUUUUGUAUGUUUUGCAUAACUGUUUUCUUUCUUUUGUUUAAAAUUUAUAAAAAGUAUUGUAUUAAUUUCUUUCGUAUUUUUUAUUGAAAUUCGAAUUGAGAUCUCUAUAGUGAAUAUGUCUAUAUUGUCUUAAAAGACAUGUUUGUAUGUAUAUUAGUUUUAAGUGCAUUUUAAGCUUAUCAUGUUUGAAUUAUUUUUUUUAUAAAAAAUGAGCAAAUAAAGCAUACAAGUUAAGAACUUGUAAAACAUAAGUUCUAAAAAAAUAAAUUUUUUUAUUACCGGUCCAACUGACCGCACUUUAUUCACUAACUUCCAAAACCAAAAAGCCGCUUAAACAAGUAAACUACUUAAUUUAUAUUAAUACAAAUUGUGGCGUGACUUAAUUCUAGGAACUUAAAUAAGCAACUUUAUAAUACUUGCAUUAUUGCAGAAAUCAAUAUGGAAAUUGAGUAAGCAAUUUUAUUAAAAAGAAUAUAAGAAGCAAAGAGUUCCUUAACUUGGUUUGGGUUAACUCUUCCCUUCUUAAAUCGAUUGUCCGCAAUCGAGUAUUGAAUUAUGGUGUUUUAAUUUCAAGAAAUGGCCCCGCUUGGGUGUUUGGCAUAUGUUCGGUAGUUAUUAUUGAUUGAGGUGAUAAAUACAGUUUUUGUCUAUACUUAUUAUUAAGUAUAAGCG